AUGAGUCAAGAGUCUGACGGCGACGAUGGAUGGAACGGACGAGACGCACCGGGUCUCGAUCUCAUCGACAGACGUGCAGAUCCCGCCAUGGUGGCUACUCUGCGGGCUGGUGAAGUGGCACGAGCUCGACGCGGAUAUUCGCCUGAAGCGUCUAGAUCCGGUGAGGACUUCUCUACCAGCAAUGCUACUGCAGCAAUGAGAGAACCUCAGCCGGAGGAUAGCCAACAGAUGACGCAUACGACCAUUCAGCGUGAAGAGGCCAAGGGCAGCACAGCUAUCAGUAAGUCGACUCAGAAGCUCAAGGGAUUGUUUCGCCGUCUCUUCAAGUCGGAACCGCAGUGA